AUGGCGUAUGACCAUAGUCCACAACAUUUUUCUAAGAAAAAUUUGUCUUAUGAAAAAAAUUCAUCUAUACCUUCACUUGUUGUUCAUAUUAAUAAAUCUGAUAUUGUUACCACACUUUUAAAUGAUCAUCAAUAUCGAACUGAAAUUUAUUUACAACAACGAGAAAAACAAAAUAUUAAUGAAAUAUCAACAUCAUUAUCAUCAUUAUCAACACCAACAAAAACAACAUGGAAAAAUUUAAAAUAUCAAAAACAAAUAUUAAAUAAUGAUCAAGCUGAAAUUGAUCGUGCUAUUUCAACAAUAGAUUCUAUUCAUAAAAUAUUCAAUCGUUCAUUAUUAAUACCUUAUAAUCAAGUUUAUUCUUUACUUUAUGGAGAUAACAAUAAAUCAGAUCAUUUAAUGAAAACAUUUUGUCAAUGUCAAAAUCAUUUCAGAACGAAAGAAAAUGAUAAUAAUCAUACACAAGAAACAUUAAAUUCAUUUGUAAAUUUUGAAGAUACAGAUUCAGAUUUAGACUAUCAUGACGAUGAAGAGGAAAAGAAAAAAUCUUAUGAUAGUGGUUAUGAUAGUGUACUGGCAAGACGACAUAUUUCUCGAGAAUCAUCUGUUAAAAUUUUACAAAAUUUUAAAUAG